AUCGAUAUGCGAAUAUUCGCCAUGAUAUUUUCCCGGCCAAUUGCUUUUUAAAGCUCUGGGAUGUUCACAUAGACAGUAGCGUUGUAUUAACAUCUCAUUUGAAGUGGGCUUCAAUUUUUCUUCAGACAAAAUGUCGGCGUACCUUGGAAAAUACACAGGAUAUAACAGUGUGGAAAUUAUACACAUCAAAGUUUCGAAUGGCUACACAACUCUGUGAUCUGAGAGAUGAGCUCAUUAAGACUGCCAAGUACAUUGCAACUCCUGGAAAGGGUAUCCUUGCAGCCGAUGAGAGUACUGGCACAAUUGGCAAACGCCUGGCAAGCAUUAAUGUUGAGAAUGUAGAGGCCAAUCGUCAGGCACUUAGAGAAUUGCUUUUCACUGCUCCAGGUGCUCUUCCUUGUAUAAGUGGAGUUAUACUUUUUGAAGAAACUCUUUACCAGAAAACAGCAAGUGGCAAGCCUUUUGUUGAAGUACUCCAGGAAGGUGGAGUAGUGCCUGGUAUCAAGGUGGAUAAGGGAACGGUUGAUUUGGCUGGUACAAAUGGGGAAACAACAACACAGGGACAUGACGGGCUUGCAGCAAGAUGCCAGCAGUAUUACAAAGCUGGUGCAAGGUUUGCUAAGUGGAGAGCAGUGCUAAAAAUUGGCCCAACUGAACCCUCAGAACUUGCAAUUCAACAGAAUGCUCAUGGGUUAGCCCGCUAUGCAAUAAUCUGCCAAGAGAAUGGCCUGGUUCCAAUCGUAGAACCUGAGGUUUUAACUGACGGACCUCAUGAUAUCAAAAAAUGUGCUGAAGUUACUGAAAGAGUUAUUGCAGCUUGCUAUAAAGCUUUGAAUGAUCAUCAUGUCCUUUUGGAGGGCACUCUCCUGAAACCCAACAUGGUAACUCCCGGUUCAGAUGGUCCCAAGGUCUCUCCGGAGGUAAUAGCUGAGUACACUGUAACAGCAUUGCAGAGAACUGUUCCAGUUGCAGUUCCUGGCAUUGUUUUUCUCUCUGGAGGUCAAAGUGAAGAAGAAGCCACCAAGAACUUGAAUGCAAUGAAUAAACUCAACACUAUCAAGCCAUGGACCUUGUCAUUUUCCUUUGGGCGAGCACUGCAACAGAGUACCCUUAAGACAUGGGCUGGGAAAAAGGAGAAUGUGGGAGCUGCACAGAAGGCAUUCCUUGUUCGUUGCAAGGCCAAUUCUGAAGCAACCCUGGGCAAAUAUGGUGGAGAUGCUGGUGUUGGGCUUGCCACUGAAAGCCUUCAUGUUAAAGAUUACAAAUACUGAUCUUGUAGUGAUUUUACUGUGCGGUGCCUACUAAUUUUACUUGUUGCAUUCUCAUUCAAGCUAAAAACUGCAUUUGAUAUAAUUAAGUAGAAACAUAGGAAUGUAUUAUUGAAGAUAUAACUUCAAUAUUAUCUGCAAGUACUAGGUAAGUAGGUACUAUGAAGUUUGAACAGUCGGGACCAGAUGAAUUUGAAGGUUGAUUACUUUUUGUUUCCUUUAGCAUUAGCAUUCUACUGGUUAAGAAAUUAAUAACGAUUGUUCUCCAGAAGCUUAUAGACUUCUAAACUUGUCAAUCUUUAUAUGCAUCAGAUGUAUUGAAGCAAAUGCACAGAAAAAAAUUAAUUUUGACCAUAUUUUUCUA